AGAUAGUGUGUCGGCCGCGCGGCGCGACCCAGAAGCGAGAUGCGCGCUAAACGCACCAACGCUCCCGGGAACCGUUAGCAUAUUGAAUUAGAAAUAUGUAACUCUUGCACGGACAGAAGCCGAGCGUCGGGCCACACGUCCACUGCUUUUGAGUCCGCGUCGUGCAAUCGGUCGCUGAACCGUUUGUUUACCGGAGCCGGUGCGGAGCAGCAACUAGGUGUAGGUCAGCGAUGGUGGGGAGCCAGAGCCGCUGAUCAGUGCGCCGCCACCGACUGCCGCGCGCGCGUCCCUCGCGGAGACAUGGGCCUGAACCCACCGGCGUGAGCGCAGUACCGGUUCCAAAACAAAUCGAAAGUGACCCCUUUCCCACUGUUGUGACUCAAUGAUGACAAUUUAUCGGUGAUUUACAGUAAAAAUCCGUGCUAGUGCUAGAAGAAAGUGGCCAGUUUUAAAGGAUUUUCCAGGUGUUUAGCGUGGAUUCCUCAAUCAUGGGCUCACGUUCCCGCACCAGACCUCGGGCAUGGAUUUCAAUAGUGCUUCUCCCAUUGCUGCUGAAAGGCGUAUACGCGCAAUGUCCAUGGGAAGGCGCCCCUGCGCUUCAAGCGGCGUGUGUUUGCGCACUUAACUUGGCCAGAGAAAUAUCUGUUCAGUGCGAUCAGGUGGAUUUCGUAGCGCUUUUAGCUGCACUAAACACGAGUGCUCGAGGUACAGCAAUAGACCUUCUCUACAUAAAUAAUUCAACAAUACCAGUCCUUAAAAACGACAUGUUCGCCAAUCUCAAAAUACAUAAUCUUCAAAUAUCGGGCUGUAAUAUCAAAAGAAUAGAAGACGAUGCUUUUAGAGGUCAAGGGCCGUAUCUAAAGAAUUUAAACCUACAAGACAAUGAAUUGUCCGAAGUGCCAGUGAAAGCUCUUAAAAUACUAACAAAUCUCUCUUUACUGGACGUGUCGAAAAACUUUCUAACUCACAUCGAAAAUCAUUCAUUUAUUACUCUACGUAAACUGACAACUUUGAAAAUAUCAGACAAUAAUAUAACUUUGGCCGAUCAUGCACUAUCAGGUUUGGAGAGCUCGUUGAAAAACCUCAAUCUUAAAGGUACCAAGCAAAAGGUUGUUCCUGAAUGUAUCAGAGGUCUCCGUAGUUUGGCGUUCUUGGAUUUGUCACAAAAUAGCAUCAGAGAACUCCCGGGCCCUGAUGGCAGCCGCACCUUUGAAGGAUUAGAAUCGCUUACUGCACUUAACUUGGAAAGGAAUCUAAUUGUUAACUUAAAAGAGGAUGCCUUCUCGGGCAUAAAAACAACUCUAAGUUCAUUAAGUCUUCUCAACAACUUAUUGCCAGAAUUUCCUACAUCAGCAAUUGGAACUUUGUCUGAUUUGCGGGUUUUAGACAUUGGAUUCAAUUUACUUAAUAAGCUGCCUGUCGAAGCUUUCCUGAAAAAUCCAGCGAUAACAUUGUUAGCUUUGGAUGGAAACCCAUUGCCAACUGUGCCAGUGGAAGCCUUCGCCCAUCUAAAUCAAACACUACGUGGCCUAAGCUUAGGCGGAAGAUUUUUGAACUGUGACUGUCGCUUACGUUGGAUUAUAGAAUGGAUUCGAAAUGGAGAACUGCAAGUUACAUCACGUGAACGAAAUCCCCAAUUUUGUGGCAACCCUCCACAUUUUAGAGAACGUGGAUUUUACAGUUUUGAGCCUAAUGAGUUGGUGUGUGACCAUGAAACAACUACUGCGUCGGUAAAACAGACAACGACAAAAAAGGAAAGCACUGACUGGAAGAUGACUUCAGCUACUAUAAUAUCUUCGACAACCUCUACCACACGGGACAAUAUCAUAAAUGCUACCACAUCAUCCACUACUACAACGAGCACAGCUUCUGAUAGUGGAACUUUCAGUAAGAGUAUGCAGACCACUACUACCAGCACAGCGCGCCCGAGCCGCAUUCCCUCUGUGAGGCCCGCUGCACCAACCUGGCGUCAUGCUCCUAAUCAACGCCCUCCACUGGUCAUGAAUUUUCCUCAACAGAAACCUAAAAUAGAUGACUCCAAUGAAGUCAUUGUUAAGAAUGCUUAUAGACAAGAUAACUCUGUCAUUAUACAGUGGGAUUCGGAUGUAGCGAAUAUCCUCGGAUUUCGAGUAGUUUAUCGACUUUUCGGAGACAAAAGCUUUAAACAAGGUCCACCCUUGGAGGCCAGCGAACGAGAAUUUAAAAUUAAAAACGUUCCCUCUCAGGAAUGCAUCGUGGUCUGCGUUAUCUCCCUGGAGGAGGUACACGUGAGUCCAGAGACAGUGCCGUACUCACAGUGUCGAGAAGUACGCACAGUCUCAGCCGCAGCCUCCAACAUGGACAAGAUUACGAUAGCGGCGAGUGCUGCCAUCUGCGGCACUAUCGUCGUGGCAGUACUCGUCUUUGCGGCUGCUUCACGUCGCCGAUCUCGGACCGUCCACCGGUUACAUACUCAGGCAUCCGAAAAACUACCUAACCCUUGUUGUGGCGGUCUCACCGGCACACCAAGUCCAAGCGGUCCGCUGUCGUCGCUGGCAACACUUGGCGCCUUUGGAAAGCAACGUGAAUGGGAUCAAGUGUCAGCUUACAGCUCACGUUCGAUCCCGCGAGCGCGUACUUUCACUGAACCGACUCACCCUGAUCCUCUACCGGGGCGUCCAGGCCGCGCUCGUUCCCUCGCAGAUGGUCAAUCGCAGCAUAGCUAUUCACAAUCGGGCCGAUACGGAGCUCCUGGAUAUCCAGGAAGCAUGUUAGGAUCGAGAACCGAUCUUCGACAAUCUCGUCAAUCUUUAGGAGCGGCAUCAGAACGAGCGUCUCGUUUGUCGUUAAGCGGGGCGGCCGGCGGAGCCACCGGGGGCACGGCGGGGUCCCGGCGGCGGCCGCGGUCCCGGUCGCGCCCCGCCAGCCGGUACAGCGUGGGCUCCAUCGGGAUGGGCUACUGCGACACGUCGGACAACUGGACCGACCACGACAUGGACAUCUACAUGGCCCGAAACCCUACGACGCGGGGCGGGCUGGUGCCGUUAUAGCGCGCAGGCGGCGGGACG